UUUCCUCCGUGCACGUCCGGAAGGUGGGGUUUUGUGUUAUAGCGGACAGUUAGUCAUUCUGUGUUAAAUCAGUGGUAUUUAGCAGCCCUAUGCCUCGGUAUGCACCAUUAACGCGCUUAUCAAGAUAGCAGCAAGAAAGGGGAGAGGUCAAAAUCCUGCUUUGAUACAACAUUGUCAUCUUUGGCGGUAUAGAUUGAUUUUCAAGGAAGAUGUUCUAUCUGGACACUACGGCCAAUAACAGCAGCAACUGCUUUUGGAUGCUUUAUGGAUGGAGUCUGCAGCAAUGGAUGGCCUUCAAGAGUGUACGCUGAUCAUGGGGUCGGAAAUGUAGAUAUUGCCAGAUGUUCACUGUCCGAGGAACAGGCUGUGGAAGCUUUAUUGCUGACAAAAGUGUCCAUAACCAGAGGUGGUGUCAGUGAGUGUUUUGAGCAUAGUGAGUGUGUGUGUGUGUGUGUGACGGUGUGUGUGUAUGUGACGUGUGUGUGUGUGAGACAGAGACCAGCGAUGGCUGCCAGUAAGAAUAAGACCCAGAGUUCUCUGGCCCUGCACAAGGUCAUCAUGGUGGGCAGUGGUGGUGUGGGGAAGUCUGCACUCACACUGCAGUUCAUGUACGACGAGUUCGUAGAGGACUACGAGCCCACCAAGGCAGACAGCUACAGGAAGAAGGUAGUGCUGGAUGGAGAGGAGGUCCAGAUCGAUAUCCUGGACACGGCUGGACAGGAGGACUAUGCUGCUAUCAGAGACAACUACUUCAGGAGUGGAGAGGGCUUCCUGCUAGUCUUCUCCAUCACAGAACACGAGUCUUUCACAGCCACUGCAGAGUUCAGGGAGCAGAUCCUGCGUGUGAAAGCGGAAGAGGAUAAGAUUCCUCUGUUGGUGGUGGGGAACAAGUCUGACUUGGAGGACCGCAGACAGGUGUCUGUAGACGAGGCCCGAGCCAAGGCAGAGGAGUGGGGGGUGCAGUACGUGGAGACAUCAGCCAAGACGCGAGCCAACGUCGACAAGGUAUUCUUUGACCUGAUGCGGGAGGUGCGGGGAAAGAAGAUGUCGGAAAACAAGGACAAAAACGGCAAGGGGAAGCACAAGAAUAAGAACAAGAAGAGUUUCAAAGAGCGAUGCUGUUUACUCUGAACGCAACAUGGACCUUUAUAACACAAAACACCACAAUCUAUCGUUACGCUGAGGAACCAACCAGCUCAGAAUCACAGAGCAUCCAUCCUCACGUUGAGUUGAAAUAUGUGUCUGUUAGUAUUGAAUCUGGCCAUAUUAGUGUUGUUUAGCAGGUUUGGGGUCAGUUCUAUUUAAACUGUCAAUUCCAGAAGUUAACUAAUAUUCCAAUUGCAAUUUUGCUCAUUGCUUUUCAAUACAGAAAAUUGGAAUUUGGCAUUUCAGUUUCCUUGUUGAAGUGAAAUUGACAUUUUUUUCCAAACCAGGUGUUUACCACAUUCUCAACCACUGUUUUUGCAUCUAAAACUUAAGCUUUGAUAGAUAUUCUGACUGUUUAUUGUUUUUAAUGGAAGGUGACCACUGUUCUGCGACUUGGACUGCAAUGCUUGACCUCUCCCCUGAUGACAACCCAAUUACCAAACUGCCCCAAACACUAACUUCAGUCUGCUUGGAUCUUGUUCUGUCUGUCUCAAUAUAUCUGUCCUUUAUGAUCAACAUAUGGUCAUGCCAUUUAUUUUAGUCUAGAACGUGCAUGGGGAUUUUAAUCUAGAAUGGGAAUGGAUCUGUUAAUGGGGAUAGGUUCAGUCAAGGACAGAAAUGUAGCGAAACUCUAUUCAAUGCUUUUCACUGAUGUCUGUUUAUGUGGUAUGGACAUCAGACUAAGCUUUGUUUGUUAAUGAACAAAAAAAGUAUAUUUACUAGUUAGUAAGAGGGACUAGGACUGAACGUGUCAUUGUUUCCUCUACAAUAGGAUAAAGCAAUUGUCAAUCAAGAAGGCUCAUCGUCUUAUGAUUCGAAGUACAUGUGAUAUUAUUAGGGCCAGUCAGUUUACAUUGUCAGGAAAAAAUCCUGUCCCUGGUCUAAGUAGGAUGGAUGUUGAAGUGUGAAGUUGUAAGAGUUUACUAACCAGAGGUCCUGUGGUAAUGGACAGGCAGUGUUUCUGGAGCCCCCUGCUGGCAUUCCUUGGUAAAUACAGGAACUGAAAAUGGAACUGCCGCCACAUCCUUUACAUUUUAGUCAUUUAGCAGACGCUCUUAUCCAGAGCGACUUACAGUAAAGUGCAUACAUUUUACAUACUGAGACAAGGAUAUCCCUACCGGCCAAACCCUCCCUAACCCGGACGACGCUAUGCCAAUUGUGCGUCGCCCCACGGACCUCCCGGUUGUGGCCGGCUGCGACAGAGCCUGGGCGCGAACCCAGAGACUCUGGUGGCGCAGCUAGCACUGCGAUGCCCUAGACCACUGCGCCACCCGGGAGGCAUUAGUCCUUUAGAUAUGGGUCAGUUGGCACCAUAAGAGUUGGCACCAUAACUAUCAGCCAGUCACCUUCAGCUUUGGGGUAUUAAUAUUUUAACUUAUUUGGGGUUUUAUUCAAAUGCUUUUUUUGUAGAAAGUGCACUACAUUGUUGCCAAUACCUUAAAAAAAUAACUGUUCAGAGUUCCCAAGCUAGAGAAUGCUAAAGCAGUUUGUGCCAACAACACAAGGAUAACAUGAUAUCGCCUACCAACUAAUCACUCCUCUCUAUAUAAAUAAUGUUUGUUAAUUAACUGAGUGAAUGUAUGUGCAUCAGACUACAGUUGAUACUUCUGGUUCCUUUGUGUACGUGUGAAUGAAACCUGGGUCAUGUUAUUUGGCACAAAAUGGAAGAAAAUUGACAAACAGGAAGGGACUUUUUUGUUGUUGCUGAAAAACAUUGUGCCCUAAUGAACGCCACUCUGGUGAGGGACACAGUUUGUUUGCUGUUAUUGUUGGAUCAGUCACUCUGUUCUGCCCUACAACAGUAAAGUAAUAUUUUCAACAACUGUCCUAACUGUUCUGCUCUUUUAUAAAAAUGUGUGUCCUCUUCUGUUGUUUUAAAGCUAGUCUACUAUUGCUAGGUUUUUCACUGUCUUCUGAACAAAAAAAAGACUUCAAAAUGUUGCCAAAUAAAUGCUUUUUCCUUUGUAA